AGACGAAGUUCCCCGCGGUAAGACUGACACAACUAAUCGGAUCCGCGACUUCUACGCGUAUAAAAUAAUAUUUCUCCGCAUCUCUGCAGCCGGAAACACUAUUUCCUUUACCCGACUUCAUCUCUCAGGAUUUCUUGGAGGAAGUCUUAGCAGAUGUUGUGAUCCGUGUAAGAUCUCAGAGCUUGGAUCUUUUGAGCAAGUAAAGCAAGAUGGAGAGCAGUCUGAGGAUGGCAAGCAUAAGAGGGAGCAUGAGGAGUGUGAGCCGAAACGCUUCAACAUGGCGAUCGACGAGCUCUGUCUUCGGCAGAUCCAUACGGGAGGAGGACGACGAGGAGGCUCUGAAAUGGGCGGCGCUCGAGAAGCUCCCCACCUACGACAGGAUGAGGAAAGGCAUUAUUACUGGAGCUGCCGGCACCCAGGAGGUGAAUGUUCAAGAUCUUGGAAUCCAGGAGAGGAAGAACUUACUCGAGAAGCUGGUUAGGACAGCAGAGGAAGACAAUGAAAAGUUUCUUCUCAAGCUUAGGGAUCGGAUGGAACGAGUUGGAAUUGAUAACCCAACGAUUGAGGUUCGGUUCAACAAUCUUAACAUAGAUGCGGAGGCGUAUGUUGGGAACAGAGGAAUUCCUACUUUCCUCAACUUUUUUGUGAACAAGAUCUCGGGAGUACUGAGCGCUCUGCAUAUUGUACCGAGUGGGAAGAGGCCAAUUUCUAUCCUCAGUAAUAUAAGUGGGGUUGUCAAGCCUUGCAGAAUGGCUUUGCUUCUAGGUCCUCCAGGAUCUGGGAAGACUACCCUUCUAUUGGCUUUGUCUGGAAAGCUUGAUUCAACACUAAAGGUUUCAGGUGAGGUAACCUACAAUGGUCACCGCAUGGAUGAAUUUGUCCCUCAAAGGAGUUCCGCUUACAUUAGUCAAAAUGACAUUCACAUUGGAGAAAUGACUGUGCGAGAAACAUUGGCAUUUUCAGCAAGAUGCCAAGGAGUCGGAACUCGUUAUGAUAUGCUUACUGAACUAUCAAAAAGGGAGAAGGAAGCAAACAUCAAACCAGAUGCAGAAAUUGAUGUCUACAUGAAGGCCAUAUCGGUGGAAGGACAGGAGAAUGUUAUCACAGAUUACAUUCUUAAGAUUUUAGGACUGGAAGUUUGUGCUGAUACCAUGGUUGGAGAUGCGAUGAUAAGAGGUAUUUCUGGUGGGCAGAAGAAGCGUGUGACUACUGGUGAAAUGCUUGUUGGGCCAGCAAAGGCGCUUUUCAUGGAUGAAAUUUCGACAGGUCUUGAUAGUUCCACCACAUACCAGAUAGUCAAUUCUCUCAGGCAAUCUGUUCACAUCCUUGGCGGGACAGCUGUUAUCGCAUUGCUCCAACCUGCACCUGAAACAUAUGAACUUUUUGAUGAUAUCAUACUUCUCUCUGAAGGCCAGAUAGUAUACCAGGGCCCAAGAGAACAUAUUUUGGAGUUCUUUGAAUUAAUGGGUUUUAGGUGUCCUGAAAGAAAAGGAGUUGCAGACUUCCUGCAAGAGGUAACUUCAAGAAAGGACCAACAUCAGUACUGGUCACACAAAGACGAACCAUACUCUUAUAUUUCUGUCAAUGAAUUUGCUGAAGCCUUUCAGGCCUUCCAUGUUGGCCUCAAGCUAAGAGCAGAACUCAGUACUCCUUUUGAUAGGAGUAGGAACCACCCCGCAGCGCUGACAACUUCUAAGUAUGGCAUUAGCAAAAUGGACCUUCUCAAAGUGUGUACCUCUAGGGAAUGGUUGCUGAUGAAGAGAAACUCUUUUGUCUACAUCUUCAAAGUAGUCCAGCUUAUCAUUCUUGGUUUGAUUGCAAUGACGGUCUUUCUGCGUACAAAGAUGCAUCAUGAGGGGAUAGAGGAUGGAGUCAUCUACUUGGGAGCAAUGUUUCUUGGCCUUGUCACUCAUUUGUUUAAUGGAUUUGCUGAACUUGCAAUGAGCAUUGCAAAGCUUCCUAUAUUCUACAAGCAAAGAGACCUGCUCUUCUAUCCAUCAUGGGCCUAUGCACUGCCUACAUGGAUCCUUAAAAUACCAAUCUCAUUUGUGGAGUGUGCUGUCUGGAUUUGCUUGACUUACUAUGUCAUUGGUUUUGAUCCAAACAUCAAUAGGUUCUUCAAGCAUUAUCUACUGCUUGUUCUAAUCAGUCAGAUGGCAUCAGGACUUUUUCGACUUCUUGCAGCUCUUGGGAGGGAAAUGGUUGUGGCUGAUACUUUUGGAUCUUUUGCACAGAUUGUGCUUUUGAUCCUUGGGGGAUUCCUUAUUUCACGAGAAAACAUUAAGAAAUGGUGGAUAUGGGGUUACUGGUCAUCUCCUUUGAUGUAUGCACAGAAUGCAAUUGCUGUGAAUGAAUUUCUUGGGCACAGUUGGAAUAAGCAUGUCCCAAGAUUUAAUAAUACCCUUGGAGUUGAGAUCUUGAGGUUUCGUGGGAUCUUUGUUGAUGCUAACUGGUACUGGAUAGGGGUAGGAGCGCUUCUUGGAUACGUCUUCCUGUUUAAUGCUCUCUUUGUUUUAUUUCUCGACUGGCUUGACCCUCUUGGCAAAGGUCAGACAACCAUUUCUGAGGAGACAUUGCGAGAGAAGCAUGCUAAUAGAACAGGGGAAUCCAUCGAACUACCUUCAAAAGCUCAAUUAUUGCCAUCAGGGGCUGAUUCUUCUAAGCUUACAGGUGAAGAGAGGAUUCCAAAAGAAAACGAAAACCAUGGAGUAAUGCUCCCUUUUGCUCCACUUUCAAUCACUUUUGACAACGUUAGAUACUCCGUGGACAUGCCUCAGGAAAUGAAAGAUAAAGGAAUUGUUGAGGACCGUUUGGUCCUACUGAAAGGUGUUAGCGGAGCAUUCAGACCAGGAGUUCUCACAGCUUUGAUGGGUGUAAGCGGAGCAGGCAAGACAACUCUAAUGGAUGUUCUAGCAGGAAGAAAAACUGGUGGUUACAUAGAUGGAGAUAUCCGUAUAUCUGGAUACCCCAAGAAGCAAGAGACAUUUGCUCGGAUUUCUGGAUAUUGUGAACAGAAUGACAUCCACUCUCCUCAUGUUACUGUUUAUGAAUCUCUCCUUUAUUCGGCCUGGCUACGUCUAUCGUCUGAAGUUGAUACUGACGCAAGAAAGUUGUUCAUUGAGGAGGUCAUGGAACUUGUGGAGCUAAAGACGCUGAGAGGGGCACUAGUAGGUUUACCUGGAGUGAAUGGCUUAUCAACCGAGCAGCGAAAGAGGCUGACGAUUGCAGUAGAGCUUGUAGCCAAUCCUUCAAUAAUAUUUAUGGAUGAACCAACCUCUGGGCUAGAUGCUCGAGCAGCAGCCAUUGUGAUGAGGACUGUAAGGAACACUGUGGACACUGGUAGAACUGUGGUGUGUACAAUACAUCAGCCAAGCAUUGAUAUUUUUGAAGCUUUUGAUGAGCUUUUCCUGAUGAAACGGGGCGGAGAAGAGAUCUAUGUUGGUCCAUUAGGCAGCAAUUCAUGCCAUUUAAUAAAGUACUUUGAGGAUUUUGGAGUCAGGAAAAUUAAAGAUGGCUACAACCCAGCAACAUGGAUGCUGGAGGUCACUACCCAGGCACAAGAGGAAAUUUACGGUAUUAAUUUUGCUGAAAGCUACAAGAACUCUGACCUGUACAGAAGAAAUAAGGCUUUGAUCAGUGAACUAAGCGUCCCUCCCCCUGGCUCCAAGGACCUCUUCUUUCCAACCGCAUACUCGCAACCCUUCUUUACUCAGUGCAAGGCUUGCCUAUGGAAGCAGCACAAGUCAUAUUGGCGCAAUCCAUCUUACACUGCUACAAGAAUCUUCUUCACCUCAGUCAUUGCUCUAAUAUUUGGAACUAUUUUCUGGAAACUUGGAAAAAAUGUGAAAAAACAACAAGAUCUGUUCAACUCUUUGGGCUCAAUGUAUGCAGCUGUGCUAUUCAUUGGAAUACAAAAUGGGCAAACUGUACAGCCAAUUGUGGAUGUCGAACGAACGGUUUUCUACAGAGAGAAGGCAGCAGGUAUGUAUUCUGCUUUGCCUUAUGCAUUCGCACAGGUCCUUAUUGAGAUCCCGCACAUUUUCCUUCAGACUGUAAUUUAUGGCCUGAUUGUUUAUAGCUGCAUCUCUUUUGACUGGACAGCAGCAAAGUUUUUUUGGUAUUUGUUUUUCAUGUUCACCACUUUCCUGUACUUUACGUUCUACGGCAUGAUGGCGGUGGCCAUGACACCAAACAGUGACAUUGCUGCAAUAGUCUCCACCGCAUUUUAUGCAAUAUGGAACAUCUUUGCAGGCUAUCUAAUCCCCCGACCUAGGAUUCCUGUGUGGUGGAGAUGGUACUGCUGGGCAUGCCCUGUUGCUUGGACCUUGUAUGGAUUGGUUGCCUCACAGUUCGGAGACUAUGAAACCCCAAUGGAUGACACUAAUGAUACUGUGAGGGGAUUUAUUAAGGAAUACUUUGGGUUCAGGCAUGACUUCUUGGGAGCAAUAUCUGCUGCCAUGGUUGGCUUUACGGUGCUCUUCGCCUUCGUCUUUGCAUUCUCAAUUAAAGUAUUCAAUUUCCAACGACGAUAAGAAGUAUGAUACUCUUCAUUCUCUACUGGAAAAUUUGUUUAUUAACUUCGGAAUUCGGGAUGCAGAUGAUUUAUGUAUAGAUAACCCUUGUAGAACCUUUCCCUCUUUUCAGUUUUACUUUUGUCUGGGAGUGAUUGUUCCAGCUUUUUGUCAAGUAGUUAAAGAGAAUAUAUUCUUAUAAUCAGCUUAAUGUGAA